AUGCUUGUCCACUCUCUAACCUCCUUACUCCUCUUGGUUCCCUUGGCGACAUUGGCUCAAGUACAGACCAAUUUCGUUCAAAAUUUAAACGAUAUCGCGCAUGUAUACGAGAAAGAUAUUCAGACGUUCACAAAUGGCCAGUCUGCUCAGAUUCAGUGCACCGUCGUCAAAAUCAGCAUUCAGGACGCAUAUGACAAGACACAAUACGCCUUUACUCAACUGCAAUUUGGGGACAAUGGCCAUGGCUUGGCAGGCGGUUCUUGCUCUGCUGUCGCGAUUGCAUUCAACCAAACGGCGGCUUGUGGAAUUGACUUCUUCGACACUCCCAUUGGUCCAGCUUUCGCGUGCUCCCAGACCUGGAAGACUAACCAGAAAAGGUCGGAUCUCAAGCUAGGCGGGUUUCUGUACCAAUCGUACCAAUCCUGGGAGCUGAGUUUCUCCUAA